GCCAGUUGCGCCGCCCGGGCGGCCGCGGAGGGCGCCAUGCGGCUGGGCUGCGGGGCCUUCGCCGCGGGCUGCGUGGCGGUCGAGGUGCUGGGAGUCGCGCUCUUCCUGCGGGGCUUCUUCCCGCCUCCCGUGCGCUCCUCCUCCCAGCCCGCGCCCCCGGCGGCGCCCGAGCCCUCGGCAGGAGCCAGUUCCAGUGGGACCAAGCUCCUGCCACCUCUCUUCGGGAAAGUUGUUGUUAUGCUAAUCGAUGGCUUGAGAGAUGAUUUUGUGUUUGGAUCAAAAGGUGUGAAAUUUAUGCCCUACACAACUUACCUUGUGGAAGAAGGAGCAUCUCACAGUUUUGUGGCGGAAGCCAAGCCACCGACAGUUACUAUGCCUCGAAUCAAGGCGUUGGUGACCGGCAGCCUCCCUGGCUUCGUGGAUGUCGUCAGAAACCUCAACUCCCCCGCUCUGCUGGAAGACAAUGUCGUCACACGGGCAACAGCCGCAGGGAAGAGGGUCAUCUUCUAUGGAGAUGAAACAUGGGUGAAGUUAUUCCCAAAGCACUUUGUGGAAUAUGAUGGAACGACCUCAUUUUUUGUGUCAGAUUAUACAGAGGUGGAUGAUAACGUGACGAGGCACUUGGAUAAAGUAUUGAAAAGAGGGGAUUGGGAUGUGUUAAUCCUCCAUUACCUGGGGCUGGAUCACAUCGGCCACAUUUCUGGGCCCAGCAGCCCCCUGAUUGGGCGCAAGCUCAGCGAGAUGGACAGCAUCCUGAUGAGAAUCCACACCUCACUGCAGUCAGAGGAGCGGGAGGCCCUCUCGCCCAGCCUGCUGGUUCUCUGUGGCGACCACGGCAUGUCCGAGAGUGGGGGCCAUGGGGCCGCCUCUCUGGAGGAAGUGAGCACAGCGCUGCUCCUCACCAGCUCUGCGUUCUCAAGGAAACCCGGUGAAGUCAGGCCCCCAGAGCGUGUGCAGCAGACCGACCUGGCUGCCACCCUGGCGGUGGGGCUCGGCCUGCCCAUCCCGCAGCACAGCGUGGGCCGCUUCCUGUUCCCUGUCAUGCAGGGCAGAGCCAUGCGGGAACAGCUGAGGUUCCUACACUUGAAUGCAGUGCAACUCAGCAGGCUGCUGCAAGCAAGCAACCCGGUGUAUGAGAGAGAGCCUGGAUUUGAACAGUUCAAAAUGUCGGAGAGGCUACAUGGAAACUGGGUCAGACUGUACUUAGAGAACAAUAACUCAGAAGUCCUUCUCAACCUGGGAGCCAAGGUCCGCAGGCAGUACCUGGGCGCCCUGAAGAGCCUGAGCCGGGCCGUGAGCAGCCAGGUGGCCCAGUACGACAUCUACUCGAUGGUGCUGGGCACCGUCGUGGUUCUGGAGGUCCUCGCCCUGCUCCUGCUCAGCAUCCCACAGGCCCUGGGCGCUGCAGCCGAGCUGGAGGUCCCUCUGUCGCCCGUGUGUUCUCUGCUCUUCUACUUGGCGUUCCUGCUUCUCUGGGCCAUGCACGUGGUUGUGUGCACCUCAGCCGAGCGCUCCCGCUACCUGUGCAGCCUCACGUGGCCCAUGGCGGGCGGCGUGCUGGCGCUGGUCUCUGCGCUGCUUUGUGGGGUCCUGUCCGCUCUGACCAGGACGUGUGUGGAUGGGAAGCUCCUGAGGAGGAACCCAACUCCUUCCUCCUGGAGGUGGUCAGAGCUGGACUUCCUCACCCUGGCAGGGACUGCGGGCCACGUCCUGAGCCUGGGGGCGAGCAGCUUCAUCGAGGAGGAGCACCAGACCUGGUACUUCCUCGUCAGCACCCUGUGCCUGGCUCUGUGUCACGAGAGCUACAGAGCCUGCUUUCUGGGGGAGGACGGGGAGCCUCGGCAUUGCUCCAGCCCGGCAUCAGCUUUGCAGGACAGGAGCGUCAGCUGUGACGUGUUAGAGCUCGACCAAGCAUGCCAGAGCCCCUCUUCCCUGGACGGACUCGGUGGCCGUGAGAAAUACAUGGCGCUGGCCAGCCCGUGGCUGGUCCUCGGCUGCUGCCGGCUGCUGCGGUCUCUGAACCAGACGGGGGUGCAGUGGGCCCACCGCCCUGACCUGGGACACUGGCUCACCAGCUCUGAACACCAAGCCGAACUCUCCAUCCUCUCCGCCCUCUCCCUCCUUGCCAUCUUCGCGCUGGUUCAGAGCCGGUGCUCCCCGCUGUCCAAGGGGGCCCUGGCGCUUGGCCUGUUGGGAGUCUACUGCUACAGAACAGCCACUGGCCACCUGCUGUUCCCAUGGCAACAAGACAGCAAGGACCUUUCCAGGGGCAUCAUUGAAGCACGUUUUGUGUACGUGUUUGUCCUUGGCAUUCUGUUCACGGGCAUCAAACAGGUGCUUAAGUCUCAAGUCCUCACGGCAGAUGUCCAGGCCAAGACUGUCGGUCUGUGGGACGUGCACAGUGCACUGGUGCUCCUGGCAGCCCUGCUCUUCAGGCCACAUAACCUUCCUGUCCUGCUGUGCAGCCUCCUGACCCAGACUCUGAUGGCCAGGUUCCUCUGGAGGCCCCUGGGGCACGGGGCGGCUGAGGUCACUAUCAUGCACUAUUGGUUUGGCCAGGCGUUCUUCUAUUUCCAGGGAAACUCCAAUAACAUCGCCACGGUGGACAUCUCGGCGGGCUUCGUGGGCCUGAACACCUACAUGGAGGUCCCGGCCAUGUUCCUGACGGCAUUUGCGACGUAUGCGGGGCCCGUGCUGUGGGCCAGCCACUUGGUGAACUUCCUGAGUUGGGAACCAAGCAGGUGCAGCUCCUCCUCUGUCCCUCAGCAGUCUGGCCAUGCCCCUCAAGUGCGCAGCUCCCUUUGCCAGGGUGACAGGAAGGCGAUUUGGCGCUGGGGCGGGCCUGCUUCUGCUACGCGCUGCUCAGCUCCAUCCCGGUGUCCGCCUACAUCGUCCUGGUCACCGCCCUGCGCUACCACCUGUUCAUCUGGAGCGUGUUCUCCCCGAAGCUCCUCUACGAGGGCAUGCACCUGCUCGUCACAGCCGCCCUCUGCCUGUGCUUCACCGCCGUGGGCCGGUCCAGCACCAAGGCAGACACUGGGAGAAUAGCACGUUGUUAAAGCCUCCUCUUUACUUCGUGGAUUUGAUUAGUAAAAGUAGGUGUAAGUGCAAGAUUAUUCUGAAAAGAAGAGGAGAAUUCUACAAUGUAAGUGAAUAGCUUCAAUUGCUUGGAUGACUAUACUUUUAGUUGAAUUCAGUACUAAGUGGCUUAAUAAAAGGUCACUUUAAAAUACUUAGUUUGAAUAUGAGUCAUAGUCCCCUGGAGACAGACAAUCACUACAGAAGCUGCUGGACUUUCAUUUGCUUCUGAAUAAGUUAGGCUAUGACCAGCCCUGUGUGUUUACGUGGUGCGCAAAAGGUUGCCAGAGCAGGUGUAAUGUGUGUGGCCUUCAGAGGUAGGCCCUUCCAUCUUAGGGCCCCGGAGCUCGGCUUCAUGGGGUCACAUCUGUCAGCACUGAUGGCACUGAAAAUUAAAACAGACAUUUCAAAACAAUUUAUUCAUUUAAAAAUAAAGAUAUAAACUCUAAUAUAUUUUUAAGAAAAAUGACUAUUUUCCACACACAAAAAUUAGCAAGAAGAGUGGCAUUAUCUUAUAUCUUUGCAAAUCUCCUGUCUGGCUCAGGUGGGGACAGCAGGGCUCUGCGCUCAGCCUGCUGGGCUGUAUGCGGUGCAGGCGCAGCCUGGGCUGGACAGGAGGGUGUGGUCUGUUGGUGUCGCUGUGGGUGUUCUGUGUCCAUGCUGUGCCGAGGCUGGAAGGCGCACUGGAAACAAAGCAGCGAGUGUGCACUGAGCUUCACCCUGGUGUCGGCAGCCCUGCAGCUGGAAAUGCCACAGGGGGAGCUAGUGUGGGACGCGGCCAUGAGAGUGACUAUACUUUUUUACUACUUCUUGUGAGAUUUAAACUUUUCCAAAAUAAAGUUACUUUGAAAAG